GAACUGGGGCUCAAAGAAUGCCCGUGCAAUUUUCCAAUGUCCAGGCCCAGCGGUGCAAAAAGGGGUGUGCCGUCCUCUGACAGCAUCACUGAGCCUGCUACCUCCAGGGCUGGCUGCUGCUGCUGCCGCCGCCACCGCCGUCGCCUCCUGCCUAGUCCUUAAAUGAAGGCAGAGAGGCGCAGGAUAGUAGCAGUGGCGAAAUGCCUGGAGCUGGCCGCGGGCUGCAGUGAUGUUGCACUGGAAUGAGGAAGUGGAGUGGAGAGGGGAGGGACCGAGAGCGGAGCUGCCUCCUGCCGCCGCAGCUCUGCUGCGAGGUGGAGCAGCAGCACAUGGAGCUGGAGAGGACUGGGAGAGCUGUCUUCUGCCAGCCCCGGCCAAAGCAGAUAACCUGAGGAAAAUGGAAACCGAUGAGGCACAGGACAUGUCCCAAGUUUCAGGAAAGGAAAGUCCUUCAGUAAGUGAUGUACCUGAUGAUUCAGAUGAACCUAUGCCUGUACCAGAAGAUCUUUCUACCACUUCAGGAGGACAGCAGAAUUCUAAGAAUGAAAGAGUUUUGGUUACAUAUGGGGCUGAAGGCUUUAGGGAUUUUCACGCAUUAAUUCCAAAAUCUUAUUCUCCCAGUAAUGUUAAAGUAGAGACUCAGAGUGAUGAAGAGAAUGGGCGUGCCUGUGAAAUGAAUGGGGAAGAAUGUGCAGAGGAUUUACGAAUGCUUGAUGCCUCGGGAGAGAAAAUGAAUGGUUCACACAAUGGCCAAGGCAGCAAAGCUUUGUCAGGAGUUGGAGGCAUUCGACUUCCUAACGGAAAGCUAAAAUGUGAUAUCUGUGGGAUCAUUUGCAUCGGUCCCAAUGUGCUCAUGGUUCACAAAAGAAGCCACACUGGAGAACGUCCUUUCCAGUGCAAUCAGUGUGGUGCUUCUUUUACUCAGAAAGGCAACCUCCUCCGUCAUAUCAAGUUGCAUUCUGGUGAGAAGCCCUUCAAGUGUCAUCUCUGUAACUACGCAUGCCGCAGGAGGGAUGCCCUCACAGGUCACCUGAGGACUCAUUCGGUUGGUAAACCUCACAAAUGUGGAUAUUGUGGCCGAAGCUAUAAACAGCGAAGCUCUUUAGAGGAGCAUAAAGAGCGUUGCCACAACUACUUACAAAGCAUGGGCCUCCCAGAUACCCUGUUCCCAGUCAUUAAAGAAGAAACCAACCAUAGUGAAAUGGCCGAAGAUUUGUGCAAGAUCGGAUCCGAGAGAUCCCUCGUGCUGGAUAGACUAGCAAGUAACGUCGCCAAACGUAAGAGCUCUAUGCCUCAGAAAUUUGUGGGUGAUAAAUGCUUGUCAGAUCUCCCAUAUGAUGCCAGCACCAAUUAUGAGAAGGAGAAUGAAAUGAUGCAGACCCAUGUCAUGGAUCAGGCCAUCAACAAUGCCAUUAGCUACCUUGGGGCCGAAUCAUUGCGUCCACUGGUACAGACACCUCCAGGCUCCGAGGUGGUACCAGUCAUCAGUUCAAUGUACCAGCUUCACAAGCCCCAUGUCGAUGGCCACCCACGCCCUAAUCACACAGCCCAGGACAGCGCCGUGGAAAAUCUCUUGCUGCUCUCUAAGGCUAAAUCCAUCUCCUCUGAAAGAGAUGCUUCCCCAAGCAACAGUUGCCAAGACUCCACAGACACAGAGAGUAAUAAUGAGGAACGGAGUGGUCUCAUAUACCUGACAAACCAUAUAAACCAACAUGCCAGAAAUGGUCUGUCCAUAAAGGAAGAGCAUCGGCCCUAUGAUGUCCUGAGGGCAGCAACUGACAAUUCCCAAGACGCUUUCAAAGUCAUCAGCAACAAUGGGGAGCCAAUGAAGGUUUAUAAAUGUGAACACUGCAGGGUCCUCUUUUUGGACCAUGUGAUGUAUACCAUCCACAUGGGUUGCCAUGGUUUCCGUGAUCCUUUUGAAUGCAACAUGUGUGGCUAUCACAGUCAGGACAGGUAUGAAUUCUCUUCUCAUAUAACACGAGGGGAGCAUCGUUUCCACAUGAGUUAAAACUCCUUUCUCUGCUAAUGUAACCUUGAGUGGUUUAUGCCUAGAGUUGCAUGAACAUCCACACAUAAAAAAUAAAACAAACUAACAAAAAAGGCAUCAGAAAAAAAGGAAGCCAAUGCCCAUUUUUUUUUUCCCUGCAGCAUGUAUUGGAUGGUUGUACAAUUGCAACUCUUUUUUUUUUCUUUUUUUUUUUAAGAAAGAAAUGAGAUUUUUACUGUUAGUUGCGAAGUUGAAUUUUAGAGGAUAAAAAUUAUUAGUUAAUGUAACUAGAAGCUUUAUAGGCUGCUAGAUCAGACUUCCUUCCUUCAUCUUUUGCUUCUUGCAAGUAUCCUUUCCCCCAAAGGCUAAUUUCAUAGAGAACCAAUACAAAAACAGGCCAAGAGAUGGGGGAGGGGGAAAGAUCCAACCUUUCUACUUACAACCCUUCUAAGUCUCAGAUUCUCAUGUCAGGUGGGUUCUAUGACUUUCCAUGAAUAGUCUAUACAUGAGAAGAGAUUUGACCAUCUUAAAGAAAACAGGAGUAAAACCAUAUUGAAAAGAUUAGGAUAGAGUCCAAGUUACCUUUUCCAAAUCAUCUGGGCAAGGAGAAUUAUGAGGCACCAGAAUUCAUGUUUCUGAAGACUGAUAGGUUUUUCUUCUUACUGUGUGUAUGUGUGUGAGUGUGUGUGUGUGUGUGUGUGUGUGUUUUAAAGAAAAUGUUAUUUGGAAUCUUUUUUUGUAUAGGAAAAUAUCCAGUUUGUUUAGAAAAGGUAAUUCCAGGAGAAAGACCUACACUGACAAUGAAGAAAUGCUUAAUUAGAAGAAUCUUUUUAAUGGUCUUUUUUAUUUCAAAGACCUUUUCACAAUGCCUAUAAAUCCUUUAAGGAUAUUGCCAAAACUUAAACCAGUCAUAUGGGGCUAAAUAUACCUGGUGCAUAGACACAUUUAGACAUUCUUCUCCAUAUGUUCACAUAGAAUUUAUUUACAAGCACUAGAGAUAUUAUUUUAAGCUACUGAUUCAGCUAUAUGACCUCCAAUCAUUUUUGUGAUCCUCCCCAAGAGAAAUUCAAUUCCCUUUGAAAUAUUUUACUCUCCCUGACAUUGUAUUGGUAUUUUUAUAAGAUUGCCCUUUACCACUGUAGAUGGAUACUUUCUCUGCAAUUUAUAGUCUUAAAGAGCUGCCUGGGGCACUGAGAAAUUAAGGUACUUGUUCAGGAUUACCCAGACAUUAUGUAUCAGAUAUGAAACUCAAAACCAUAUCUUCCUGGUUCCAGGGCCAUUUUCUAUCCAUUAUACUACCCUGCCUCUCUAACUAUUUACCUUAUGAAAGAUCAAAAUUUAACGCCAAAUUUCUUCAUUAAUUAACUUCUCCUACCAUAAAUAUCUCCUCCUUUAAAAUCUAAUCUAGAUCCUUAAAAAAACACACAUGCAUAUGAAUCCUCCCACUCCAUCCCUCUUUCUUUUUAAAAUCCUUAUAACCAGAAGAUCCAUUCCACUAGAAUAUGGUCCUAGAAGUUUAUCCAUGAGUAAAUGUGCUUUAUUAUUCUUUUGCACCAUUUCAAACAUCAGAAAUUACUAGGAAAUAACAAUGCUCAUCUAUGUCAAAUGGCUAAAGUGGGAAUAUAUGUUCUUAAUAUCAUGUAAGGGGCAUACAAGAUAGGUGUUAACAAAGAUGACACAUUAUCACCAUCUAAUGAAUACAUCCCAGAAGCCAUAGUAGUAAGAUGGUUUGUGAAAUAUUUAUUUUGUAUAAGUAAGAAGUAAAGGCUUUCUUUACAACCAUCAGGUGUAUACACUAUUUUCAUGUGUAUUUGUAUCAUUAUUUUAUUAAAAAUGUUUUAUUUUUAAGUAUGCAUUUGAAGAAAGAAAGAAUAACUCUCCACUACUACUGAGGCACAGAAGGGCAAAAAAAUUAAAGUAUGUAUAUCUCUGUUCCACAUUAAUAGAGUUUUUGGUUAUUUCUUAAAUUGUCAGAGGAGGAUGCGAAAGAAUCAUCACUAUGGUUUUCUCCAAGGUUUAGAAGGUUUUGAAUUCCCCUGUUCCACCUCAAUAUUCAGUUUUUGUAAGAUACCAACAAUAGGCCACGUUCUCAUAGUAUGAUAUGAUUGGUCUAUUCUGGGAUGAGCUGGGUUUGUAAUGAUUCUUUAAAUAUGGGAUUUCUUUACCAUUCCUAAAGCUAUUCCAAUUCAUGAGCAAUUGGGGCUUCCUGAUAUGGCCAUUAAAUAAUAUGGACAUAGGCAUUUCUUUGGCCCCCAAUUUUCAUAUUUUCCAGGAUAUGAUUAAUCUUUAAAAACUGGAAAUAAAUAAAAUGGACAUUUGAAGUAUAUUGUCUUUUUACUUCAAAGUAGAGAAAAGAGAUACAACCUUUCCUAGCUUCUUAUUUUACCUAUUUCCUUUUUUUAAAAUCCAUUUGACAAAUGGAAGAUUAUUAGAAUUCUAUAUAGAACUUAAAAAAAAAAAAAAAGAUAAGAUAAAUCUUAUUGAAAGUAAGGCUUACAGAGUGGUACCCUGCUGAGAACACAAGUUCAGGGCAGUGUACUUUCAUGUGCUCAAUCCUUUUUCAUCCCUCCUAUAAGAAGAAUGAAGUCUGAUUUAUGCAAUUUCUUUUAACCAAUGACAUUCCAAAUAACUAUACCCAGCACUGUUCUUAAAGGAGUGUUUUUUUCUGAAACUCUUAUCCUGCUUCCCUCCUGCCUUUUAUAGCCAGUAUAAACUUAUAUUUACACGUCCUUUUUGCUGUGGUUUUAUAUUGUAACACCAUUUUCCCCCUUUUAACUAUUGUAGAUUUCAUAAAAUGUCAAUGUGUAAUUAAAUUAUGUUUGAAAUGUGCUCACAUUCUGUAUCAGAAAUUUUCUUCUCAUUAGUAAAAGUAGAAUUUUGCAUGACUCUA